AUGGGUACUAUGGCUACGCCUACACUGGCAUACCUCCCAGAGCAUUCACAGAUUACUGGUGAUCAGAUACUUGAGAGACCUACCAUUCAGCGUUCGCGCACAUCUGGUACCUUGUCACCUGCUCGUGUACUCUCACGUCUACCAUCGCCAUCGCGCAAUCGUGCCAGUACUGCACCGUCCUCUCGACCAGGCAGUCUCCGUCGUACCAAGACCGAUGUGGAUGAUGCUAUUCGCGAAUUGAACACCAUCAUUGAGGAACGCCGUGCCAGCGCGUAUCGCACGAACGCUCAAUCACCCGCGCUUGUCAACCGUCCCCCACCCUCUCCGUCUCACCACGUGCCCUACAUCGCGCCAUCCAUGCGCAUGCAUGUCCGUUCCGAAACUCUUUCGGAUAUCGGCUCUGCGUUCUCUGCCCCUCUGAGCUUCAAGCCGCUUCCCCCCACCCCAGAGGCAGGCACCCCAGCCCGCCGGGCAACAAUGGGACUCAGGCUCGCACCACCUUCCUUCUCCCACACCGGUCCCUUGAACUCGAAUCCCAUUACACCACCACCACCCGCCACGCCCACUACACCAAUCGCCCGGCUAGGAGCCUGGAUCAAGCGCUCGACCUCCACUCUGGCAUCCAGCUCGCGUCCUACAACCCCGAAAACCGCCGACUCCUUUUACAAGUGCGAACCGCAUCCCGCCCUUCCCACCUCGCCUUCGCGUCCUUCAACUGCAGGAUCACGCACACUACACAUACGUCAAGAAAGCCAAGAGAGCAACGGUACAGCUACCGUUACACUCUUCUCCACAUCAUACCCUUCCACCCGCUCAUCCUCGCCAACCAACUCCCUCUCCACCGUCGCUACAUCUUCGCCACCUAGAAAGCUACGUCGUGUUCCUGCGCCUCUGACACUUGUCAAGGAGAAGGAGAUUGCUGCUGAGGCUGGCUUGUUGAGUGGAAGAAGUACAAGGGGUUUUAUGAAUGAGAAGCCGCCUAUGAGCCCCAACUUUGAUCUACUCAAGGGUAUGGAGAUUAGUGCUAAAGAUGUUGGUGUUAAUGGAAGAAGAAGCUUGAUGACGCUUAGCCCGGGAGCAGUAGGUGUUGCUUUUUAG